GCACCGGAACCGGUGUCGAUUUCCAGCUACAUUACGGCUCACGAGAAAUGCUCAGUUUGCACAUGUCUUCAGCAUGCUCGCUGUGAUGUGCUUCCGGGCUCUAUGAGCUGCUCCCAAUGCGUUGACUUGGGCGUCCAGAUACUGUGUACCGUGACCCAACCAUCGAGGGCACGCAUGUGGCAGCGCGUCAAGAGUGAACCAGCCUACUACCUCAGCCACCACUUCAUGGCCAAUCUGCAAUUGGUUUUACACGCAUGGGAAGCCCAGCGCGCGCGCCAUGCGCACGCUUAUGAACACUUUCACCACACAGUAUACCCGCGUCUUUCCAAUCCGCUCUCGCCGCUCUACGAGAGCGAUAAGACGGAGUAUCUUGAGAUUUACUAUAGUUGGAGAGCGGUCAAAACAAUGACGCUCAUGCUAUACGCAUACGAUGGAAGUUACAGGCGCUUGUUACAACGGCUCAGAGAGCAGCGCGCACGUCAGGAGGCACGUUCGAGACUUCGCGUAUGGUCUUACUAGUAGAGUACAUACUUCUUCUUGUGGAAUCCAAAUCAAGAUCAUGUGCGUCUA